AUGGGAGGAGGGAAGGACAAGCAUGACGAGAGCGACAAGGGGCUCUUCUCAAACAUGAUGCAUGGUGUUGCCGGUGGCCAUGGGUACCCACAGCAGGGAUACCCUCCGCAGGGCUACCCGCCACCAUCAGGAGCAUACCCGCCUCCCCCUGGGGCGUAUCCUCCUCCGCCAGGGGCAUACCCACCUCCACCUGGGGCAUACCCACCACAACAUGGGUACCCUCAGCCAGGUGGCUACCCACCGCAAGGUGGAUAUCCUCCUGCAGGCUACCCCGGCUCAUCUCACCAGGGUUAUGGAAGCAGCCAUGCCGGGAGCCACAUGGGGAUGGGGACAGUUCUCGCUGGAGGUGCCGCCGCCGCCGCAGCUGCUUACGGAGCAAACAAGCUUUCUCAUGGCCAGGGUGGACAUGGGGCCUUAGGAGGCUAUGGUCAUAGUGGACAGGGUGGACAUGGGGCCUUAGGAGGCUAUGGUCAUAGUGGACAGGGUGGACAUGGGGCCUUAGGAGGCUAUGGUCAUGGUGGCUACGGCCAUGGCUACGGUGGCCACGGCAAGUUCAAGCACGGACAAGGCCACCACGGCAAGUUCAAGCAUGGCAAGCAUGGGCACGGCAUGUCCGGCGGCAAGUUCAAGAAGUGGAAGUGA